AACUCAGAAAAAGCGACCAACCAAGGCAAGAAGCACUUCUCCACCUCCCUCCCUCCCUCAGCACAAGCAAUCUCUUCAUAUAUAUAUAUAUAUAUAUAUAAAAUAUAAUAUAUAUACACGCACACACAUAUAGAUAGAGCUUGCUCUUCUAUUUCUCGUCAUCUUAGACUCUUAGUGCAGAGGUUAAUCGAUCAACUGCACAUAGGAAGAGGAGUGAAGGAUGCAGAACCUCGGGAACAUCGUGGACUCGAUCAUCGGCGGCGUGAAGGGCACGGUGCCGGUGAAGGGCACGGUGGUGCUGAUGCGCAAGAACGUCCUCGACUUCAACGACUUCGGCGCGUCCGUCAUUGACAACAUCAGCGAGCUCCUCGGCCAGAAGGUCUCCCUCCAGCUCGUCAGCGCCACCGUCGGCGACCCCAAUAACGGGGAUCGGGGAGUGGUGGGGCAGGCGGCGUAUUUGGAGAACUACAUCAGCUUGCUGCCGUCGCUGGCGGCAGGGGAGUCGAAGUACAACGUGACGUUCCAGUGGGAUGCGAAGACCGGAAUACCCGGGGCGGUGAUCGUGAAGAACCAUCACACCUCCCAGUUCUACCUCAAGACGCUCACCAUCGAUGAUUUCCCGGGCAAGGGCCGGAUAGUUUUCGUCUGCAACUCCUGGGUCUACCCGGCCGACAAGUACAACUACGAUCGCGUCUUCUUCGCCAAUAAC